AUGAUCUCACUCUCUCCGCCACCAAACGCCGCCCCGUCGGAAGCUUGGCGGCGAUUACACCGCCAUGGCCGUUCCGUCCUCCGCUGCCGCUCAGCAGUCGUUAGAACCUUUGCGACGAGUUCGCCUUCCUCGUCUUCUCCAUCCGCGGUGACCUUCCCCCCUCCAUCGGGGGAUCCCCCGCGCGCAGUGGUGAUCGGCGCGGGGCUCGCAGGCCUCGCGGCGGCCACCCGGCUUCACGCCGCCGGCGUCCCCGUGGUCGUCCUCGAGUCCUCCGAUGGCGUCGGCGGCCGCGUCCGCACCGACGCCGUCGACGGAUUCCUCCUUGACCGCGGCUUCCAGAUCUUCAUCACCGCCUACCCCGAGGCGAGGAAGGUCCUGGACUACGCGGCGCUCGAUCUGCAGAAGUUCUACUCCGGCGCACUCGUCUACGCCGGUGGCGGCCGGUUUCAUCGCGUCGCCGAUCCCCUGCGUCACCCGCUCGACGGCGUCGGCAGCCUCCUCAAUCCCGUCGGCACGGUGCCGGACAAGCUGCUUGUCGGCCUCGCGCGGUUCCUCGCCGCCGCGCGGGACGACGAGGAGAUACUCGCGGCGGAGGAGGUGGCAAUCAUCGACCGACUCCGCGCUUUCGGAUUCACUGAUUCCAUCGUGGAUCGGUUCUUCCGGCCGUUCUUCGGCGGCGUGUUCUUCGAUCGGGAGCUCGAGACGACCUCCAGGCUCUUCGAUUUCGUGUUCAAGUGCCUCGCUCUGGGGGACAACACUCUCCCCUCGGGAGGAAUCGGCGACAUCGCGGAGCAGCUGGCCUCGAGGCUACCGCGAGGGGCCAUUCGACUGGAGACGAAGGUCGUUGGCGUAGAUCCGGUGACGGACGACGGCGCCGCCGCUGUGAGGCUCCAAGGGGGCGAGGUCAUUGCGGGCGAGUUGGGAGUAAUCGUGGCGGUAGAAGCGCCGGAGGCGGCGAAGCUCCUCCCGUGGGCGGCGGCGCUGCAGAAGAAGCUCUCCGGCCGGCGGGCCUCCCGGAGCACCACCUGCCUGUACUACACGGCGGAGCGGGCGCCGCCGGUGAGGGAGCCGAUCCUGCUCCUGAACGGGACGGGGGAGGGGCGGGUGAACAACAUGUUCUUCGCCACCAAUGUCUCGCCGUCUUACGCCCCACCGGGGAAGACUCUGGUGUCGGUAUCGCUGAUCGGGACGGCGGCGGAGGAGGAGGACGACGGCCGGCUGGCGGCGGAGGUCGCGGCGGAGCUAGGCGGCUGGUUCGGCGAGGCGGAGGUAGCCGGGUGGCGCCACCUGAGAACGUACCGCAUCCCGUUCGCGCAGCCGGACCAGAGCCCACAGACGGAGCUGACGGCGGUGGACCCGAGAGCCGGCGGCGGCGUGUACCUCUGCGGAGACCACAUGCGCUCGGCAACCUUCGACGGGGCCCUGGUUUCCGGCAGGGUGGCGGCGGAAGCACUCAUCGGCGAUCGCUUCCCCUCGGGAAAGCUUCUUCCUCUGGUCUGA